AUGAUUCUGGGCCCAAACACUGCGAAGGAUCCGGAUUCAAUGGUCCAACCGGUACGGCGUCCUCGGCCUCCACCCGCACAGGCAAUGGAUAGACGUGGAAUGGCAUACCCAACCAUGGUAAUCGAAGUCGAUCACAUGCAGACCCUUCUUGACCUGCAUCGAAAGGUAGCACUCUACUUUAAUCCUCGAACUACAAUUAAGAUUGUGCUGGCUGUUAAGUUAAAUGAGCCUCGUAUGGAUAAUACUAUCGCGAUAAUUGUCGCCCUGUACCUUCGUACGAGUCCGACACCACUGAUUCCGGUCGACGUCAGGUCUUUUGGGACGGCACCACCUUCACAUUCUCAUAAGAACCACAUCUACAAUAUUAUGUGUGUUCCUCCUCAUCUAUUCACUGGUGUUGGACUUUCUGAUGCUAAUAAUAAUCCUUUCCCUCCUUGUGCAAGGGCUGGUAUUCCGGACUACCAAAUGAACAUUCCAGCAACAGAACUCUUUAACGGGGAUCCUACCGGUGUUCCUGCAUCAGCAGUUGGUGGAUUCAACUUGGAUUUGUGGGAACUUCAACUUGUAGCACGGCAAGAAUUUAACCUACCGUAG